GCGCCAUCGGCACGUCAGAACGCUAUGUUGUAAACUUGAAAUUUUCCGAAGCGUUGUUAAUAUAUUGGAUUUUUUUUACAUAAUAGAAGAUAAUGAUUAUUUGAAGAAUCUACAUUGACCAUUACAAACUAAACUGGACAAACUAUAUUGGAGAUAUUUAUUAAGACAUUUUUUGCAACUUUUAAAAGAUUAAACAUGACAAUCUUCUUAUUUCAUCUCAUGCUGUGUUUGUGCUUAAGAACGGCGAGUAGCGAUAUGGUUAUUGAACGUGCGCAAGGGAAAGGCGAUGCUAUCCAAGGUGUUGAUAAAAUACAGUGUGACAAGUUUAGUGGAAUAUGGAAUAGAAAUAGUGACACAUGCCAUUGUGGUGAUGGAAAAACUUUGUAUACAUUAAACAACAAAAUAACAUGCUUUGCCGGGAUUGGUGAAAACAUUGGUUGCAAACUGAAAAUUGAGGGAUAUAAUGAAGUGGUAGCGUUUUACAAAAAAGGGGAUGAUUAUAUGAAUAUUGGUAAUAUUAACGAACAAUCUUAUGGGAAAUGUCAGAUCGAAGUAGUUGUGUGGCGACCGAAUGGAUGGAGAUUAGCAAAGUAUAUCAGUGUAAAAGUAUCAACAAAACAAAUUUCUGUAGGUUGGGUCAAGGCGAAUUACACAACUCAAGUUCAAGGACAAUUAUUCAAAAUGACUUUUUUUAAUUGUAAGAAAAAUCCUGAUCAGGCGUGUUUAUUGUUUAAAAAUAGUGAUGGAAAAAGUCGAUUUUCCACACCCCGUGUGACCACACAAACGACAUCAACAAUAGCAAAUACUACAUCGACCACAGUCUUAACACAGACUAACAGUCAGGAAAAAAGUUCUUCGAAUGAAAUUGUCAUAGCACUUGGUGUAUGCUGCGCUAUUCUAGUGAUUGUUGGUAUUAUUUCAUUCCUAUUGUGGUUUCGCAGGAGAAAAUAUUUGGGCAGUAAAGACAAAAGUUGUUGGAAAUGGAACCAAAUUAAAAGAUCUGUAUUUAAAGAAGAAGAACACAUUGAAAAUAUAUAUGAAGAUAUUGGAAGAACAAAGUUACAAGAAGUACAGAAACGAGAAGAAAAAUGUGACGAUUUGUAUCUCGUCCCGCUUGAACUUUCAAACACAAUGAGGUCAACAAUGAAGAAUAGUCCUUAUACAUACGCGCAGCACGUGGAAGACGAUGAAACACUCUCUGGCCAGUGUUAUACACAACCUAAGUAUGAUGGUGGUGAACUAUACGAGGAGCCAGCUUGUGAGGGAGAGUAUUACGAAGAGCCAGCACGUGCGGAGGAGUAUUAUGAAGAUCCUGCAAACAAUGAUUUGUAUGAAGAGCCUGGGAUGACAUCUGAAGAACGGUACAGUGCGUUAGCAGAGGAUGAUACUUCAAUUAAAAAAGACUACUGUACUCUACGCAAAGACGAUAUAUAUGAGGAAGCCGACUCUACGCAUAUGCCUGCUCAACCAAUUUAUUUUGAAACAGAACCAGAGAUAUGAUAAAAAUCUUCUUUUGACCUGAAAUGUUGGCCGUUGUGUCAUUUUAUGAUAGAAUAGCGAUACGUCUGAGUAGCUACUGGAGAGAAAGUCGCGAAUAGUGUUGUGCAAGAUGAUCCUCGAAUCUUAGAUGACCACACCCAAAACAAAUGCUUUUCAUGGUUUAUUUUUAAAGCUAAUUCGUACUUACUGAACUUACUUAUACCUAUCUGUGUUUUGGUACUGAGGUCAAGCUUGUACUGUCUUUUUAACAACAAUGACAAGUCAUUAGUUUAUUCAAAACUUGAUUGGACUAAGCAAUUUUGGGGCUAAAAUGAAGCCUUUUACGAUGGAAGUUUGAAAUAUUAAAACAAAAAUUAUUUUUUUAUUAUCGACAAUAAAUUAGUUUCUUAUUUGAACAAGUUAUGUUUCUCGCAAAAAACGAGAAGAAGGAAAAAAUAAAAAAUUGUUUGACCAACUUUUGUUUAAUCUAGCAGUAGAAACCCCUGGAUGGCAUGACUAUGAGUUUCAAACUUGAAAAAUAUUAUAAUACGGCUGCACUUCAGGGAAUUGUUAUUUUUUAUAAGCAUCGCAUUUUUUGCCCCUUUUCGAUACGACUGAUUGGAGGAUUGAAUUCCGAAAAUUCAGCAUGAUUUGAAUUAAUGUAAAAAUGUAAAAUAUUAUUAUAAGAAUUUUAAUUCGUUGCAAAAAAAAAAAUUCUAGUUCGUAACCUGAAAGAAGAAAAAGACGUAGUUUUGUUUUUUUAUCUCGCGUCAGAAGUGAAACGAUUUUGCAUCGCUAAUUCAUGCAUCCUUAGCACAAAGUCAUUUAUAGGCCAAAGUCCAACGCAACAAAUAUAUAGCAAUGUGCAAGUAUUUCGUGAAAAAGAAGUGUUGUUGCAAGCCGUGGACGUUUUUACUGAUUGGAACAUAUAUGCUUUUCAAACUUUUGAAUUGUCAAGUCGCGCCCUCCCACACGUUUUGUGGCGAUAAUCAAGAGGAAGCUUUGGAUCAUAUUUCCACGUAACAUUGAAAAUUUAUAGUGUGGUAAGAAGUUAAGGUAAUCCUGUAGUGAAAAAUCUAAUGGCAUAGAAAAUUCGAGUAGGCGUAUUGGUUAGUACUUUUUAUUGAGAAGUGACAACAGAAAUUUAAAUACCACCCUGCGACAUUCCUUUCGCGAAUUGUAAUUGUCGCACAGUGUAAACUAUGACUUUUUUUAUUCACAAGUUUGUGAACAUUGAUUCUCGCCGAAUAAAAGUAUGAGGCAGACGGAAACAGUAUAGUGUCCGCUGUCAAUAUGAAAGAGUUACAUUUUAUCCUCGCCACUGCUAUCACUAUUCUUCAUUGAGCACCAUAGGCAGGCUCUCUACGCAUUAAAACCCAGUCCAACUUCGCCUCUUUUUAUAACUGACUUACUGGGUUUUAAUGCAAACUGUAAAAAACAUGAAUUUAAGUUUAAAUAUGUUAGUGAUUUAUAUGACUAUAUUUUACAAGAUCUGCACAAUCAAUAAAAUUUUCGACUACCUACUUUAUCAGAACCUCUCUUUUUUCCAAGUCACUAUUUUAUCUAUAUUUUAUCAUUCUUAAUCCGCCAGUUUUGUUUUUGUUUCGCAUUUUCAACAACUCGUUUUAGAACAUAUAGCUAGUAUGUUUCACAUAAUUAUCCAAAUACUUGUUUUUUUUUGUUUUUUUUGUUUGUUUUUUAUUUAUAUAUUAUCCUUUAUGCACAUACGAAUAUCAUAUGUUAUUUCAGAAGAAGAGCCAUUUUGUACAAUUAUAGAGCUGAAAUAUAACCGUUU